GUAUUCGCGGUAUAAAAAGGAACCGGCAAGAAAAUUGCAUCGCAUAAUAGGCGAUUGUGUUGAACUUAAUUGAUGCAGUAUAAUUGUGAAGAAAAUGAAAUUGAUAACUCUGACGACUGUUACUAUAUUUCUAGUUUGUCUGACAUCCGUUCCAAAUGGCGUACUCGCUUCCACUAGAGAAGCAGUAACAUUGAGCACUUCCACACCCGCUCCGUUCACGGAAAAUUCAAUAGAGUGCGGCAAGAACGAGGAACCCACAGACUGUGUUUCGUGUAACCCAACGUGCAAGGAGCUUUCUCCAGGAAUUUGCCAAGGACCGACAUGCAAGCCAGGUUGCAAAUGUCAAACGGGAUACUUCAAAGACAGUGAAGGAAAUUGUGUAUCUGUACUUGGUUGCAUCAUGGAUAACAUACAAAUUGAACUUUCUCAAUGGGAAUUAUCGACGGUAACCGCUCAGGAAUAAAAUUUCAACGCGUCUUUGGUCUCAUCUCAACGAUUCGCACAUUUUGUAACAGAUUACAGAAAAUAUCUUGAAAAUAAAAAAAUUAAGUUUGAAUUCAGAGAAA